AUGUAUAAUUGUUGUCCAAUUUUUGUUAGACUAAAGAUUUCUUUAAGGAACUUGUAAAUAAAGAAUAAUACAUCAAAAUAUAGAACUAAUUAAUAUAUAACAGAUCAAUAAUUUGAAUUAUUAUAAACUUUGAGUUAGACUUGUAGGAUUAAUUAAAGCAAAAAUUUACAGUUAAUAGAAUUUGUUAAGUAUUAUCAAUAUUUUAAGUUUUCAUUUUAUAUAAAUAGAAUAGAAUAAUAAUGUUNGCCAAUUAAGCCUGACGUCCUACCAAAUGAUAAUUCAUCAGAUUCUAAAAAAAUCGAAGACAUUGAAAUUAAGGAUGAUGGAACUAAGAUAAAAUAAAAGAAAUGGUUCAAAGGGGAAGACUUUGUAAGUGAAUCAAAGUAAAUUGCAACAUAGAUGAGAUUAUGUAAUCAAAUUCCUCCAUUAGUAACAGUCAAUUCAAUUCAUUAUCACAAAAUGAGAAGUCUUCUAGAAAAAAUUAAGGAAUAGAAAUUUAAACAGUCAGAAGAAAUGAAAAUCUUUGUAGAAGAACUUGAAAAGUUUAUUUAAAAGGACCCAAAAUCUGUGGAACUUAAAAAAAAGAAGAAGAUUAAAAAAUCUAAUGAUAAAAAGGAUCAUCAACAUGAUGAUUAAGAAUCCAUUUAAAGAUCAAAAUCACUUUAAGAUGAAGUUAAAGUUGAAGAUAAUUCAGCCCAAGAUUUCCUUGAUCAAUUCAAAAUGAAAAUUAAAUAGAUUGAACCUGGGGUUGUUUUAUACCUUCCAUAAUAUAAAAAAAUAGAUCCUUAAUACCAUCAAUAUUACAAAAAUCUAGAAGAUAGUUAUUUUAAAGAUUUGUAUUAUAAGGUAAAGGUUGAUGAAAUAGUACUAAAUACUAAAAAUAUCUUAAGGUUCGCCAGACAAGUUUUUCAAAAUUUAGAUUUUAUUAUUCCAUACAAGCAAGAAAACCUAAAUUCUUUGAAAUGA